AUGAUCAAACAGUUUAAUAAGGGUCCAGAUCAGUUUGUCCAAACAAUAGACUCUACAACAUAUGACAAGUUAAUCAAUCUAUUACAUAUUAGAGAUGAUGUGAACAAAGUAGUACUUGGUGUAUUCUUAGGUGGAAGCCAUCCAACCAACAAGAAGUUCCUCAAUGACUAUGUUAAUGGAUUUGAAGCAUGGACUAAUAAGGAGUUUGAUGAGACGUUGAGGGAGUUCUUGGCGAGAUUCAGAUUACCAAAGGAAGCCCAACAGAUUGAUCGAAUUAUGGAAUGCUUUGCUCACAAGUAUGCAAGAGAUAAUCCAGAUAGAUUCUCUGAUCCAGACACGGCAUAUCUAUUGGCAUUCUCUUUGAUCCUGCUCAAUACCGAUGCUCACAAUAUCAAUAUCAAACAUAAGAUGUCCAAACGAGUGUUUGUACAUAACAAUCUCAAUGAGUUGGUCAAGGGCAAGAACAGUACUGGAGGUCAACUCACUGCCGACUAUCUUGGUGCACUAUAUGAUCGUAUCAUAGCAUCUGAGCUCAAGAUUGACAGUGAUACAAUAUUUUCAAAUGCUCUGAUGAAGGGUUGGCUACACAAGAUGUCAUCCAAUCACAAGAAGCACUGGCAACGUCGUUGGUUCGUUCUAAAGAACAACUGUAUAUAUUACUUUAGUACCAAAAAGAACGAACAUCCAAAAGUAAUAAUACCAUUGGAGGGUCUGAGACUUAGGAAGUUAUCAGAACUAUCUUUUGAGAUACAUGAUGCGACUAUAUCAACGAUCAAGUCUGUCAAGCUAACUACUAAUGGACCUGUGGAGGGCAAUCAUCAAAAGUAUAUGCUCAAGGCAAGCUCACCAGAGGAAGCCAACAAAUGGAUGGAAUCAAUCGCCAGCAAUAUCCUUGGUAGUCCUGUGAUACUGUUGAUCAAGAGGAAGAAGAGAAUGUUGGUGCGAAAGCAUCAAGUGGAGGAGGGUGCUGUUGGCAAUGGCAGUGGCAGUAUCAGGAGCAAGGUGCACAGGGAGGACAGCUUCAGUGUCUUUGGUUCGUUGACUCAGCACCACGAGGAUUCGCUGGGGUCCAGAGCAAGAUGCAGUUCAUUCGACUUUGACAGUCUAGCUCAAAGUAUUGGUACCAUUACUGAUGACUGUCCUCCAACAACAGCUGAUGGUGGAAGUGGAGGCGAUGGUCGAUGA